AGAUGGCGGCGGCGCUGGCGCGCGAGGGUGGGGAAGACGCUUUCCGCCGCCUCUUCCGCUUUUACCGGCGGCGUGACGGGCUCGACUUGCGGGGCGUCGUCGACUUCUCGGCCCCGGGGAACCAGAUGGUCGGCUCUCAGCUAAGCAUCUCUUCAGUCAGUGAUCAAGAUGCCUACAGAGCAGGAUUGCAGCCAGUUCGCCAGUGGAAAGCCUACAGCCUAGAUGGCUAUCCCGGGUUCAUCUUCAUCCCAAACCCCUUCCUUCCAGGCUGCCAGCGUCACUGGGUGAAACAGUGUCUGAAGCUGUACCCACAAAAGCCCAAUGUGUGCAACUUGGACAAGCACAUGACUGCUGAGGAGACCACUGAUCUGUGGGGGCAGAGCAAGGAGCAGUUGAGGAGGAAAAAUUCCAGUAAGGGAGAACCCAAAAGUUUACUGGAAAAGCUACGCUGGGUGACCCUUGGUUACCAUUACAACUGGGAUAACAAGAAAUACUCAGCAGAUCACUACACUCCUUUCCCCUCAGACCUUGCUUUCUUAUCAAAGCAAGUGGCUGCAGCAUGCGGGUUUCAGAGCUUCAAAGCUGAGGCAGGGAUCCUGAAUUACUAUCACUUUGAUUCUUCUCUGGGAAUUCAUGUGGAUGAAUCCGAGUUGGAUCAUUCCCACCCUCUCUUAUCAUUCAGUUUUGGACAAUCUUCCAUAUUUUUGUUGGGGGGCCUGAAGCGGGAGGAAGCCCCUACAGCUAUGUUUAUGCACAGUGGAGAUAUCAUGGUGAUGUCUGGCUUCAGCCGCCUACUGUACCAUGCCGUUCCCCGAGUCCUCCCCAACCUUGAGGGGACAGCUUUGCCCUCAUGCCUGGAGCUGGCACUCCCUUCAGACUUUCCUGAUGGCUCAGUCAUUGAGCACAGCUCUGAAGAGGACUGGCAGGUCUGUGCCAAGUACUUGCAGACUUCCCGCAUUAAUAUGACCGUCAGGCAGGUGCUGCCUGAUGGUCAGAGCUUUCCAGAGGAUUCUGAGCAGACAGCAGUUUCUAAAGACUCUUACCAUCAGGAAGACAGUAAAGCCAAGCGACACAAACCAAAUGCAGACAGCUGAGAUGUGAAGAGAACUCAGACCUUUGGGCCAAACUGGACUGGUAAUCUCCAGAUGGAGCAGAUGGUCCCCAUCACCCUCUAAUUAUAGAGGAAAUGAGGAACUCUGGCAAAGUAGUUGCAGUCCUUAUUGCUAGAAGAUGGAGGUGAAAAAGGAGGAAGGUUUAAAAGAGAAAGAAGGUUGGUCUUGUGACCAGAGCACAGGCCAGAGACUUAUGAUGCAAUUUCUGUUUCUGUUUGACCUUGGGCAAAUUACUCCUGUUCUGUACCUCAGUUUUCCUACCUGUAAAAUGCCCCCAUCACUGGUUUUGGAGACUCAGUUUCUUAAUGUUUAUAAAUGCCGUGGCGUCUGUGGGUAGCAGGUGCCAGCACAGACAAGAGAGUGAUUGCUUGUAUGUUGAAGUUGGUUCUUGGGUUGGAAAAGCCCUUCUGAAGUUUGCUGCUGGCUCUUUAGGACUAAAUGAAAACAGGCCCCUGAAGAAGAUAUCUACUUUCAGCACAUUAAGUGUGGGGCCAUCUCCUAUACAAAGUACUGUCUUGAACAGUCUUCUGCAGAAGGCAGAAUGACACCAAUUACAGAGUUAAGUCAGCUGCAGUUCUGCCCUCCAUACUAUCAGAGACUAAGCUCAUGAAUGGGGCUAGAGCAAAAUAAUUAGGAGCAACAGCUUUCCUAGAUGAUCUGGAGACUUCUGUUCAAGUUUCCUGUCCCCACUCCUCAUGUGAUGGAAGCUCUCUACUUUGGAACUGGUCCUUUUAGUUGCCCACAGAAAUGCAGUCCUGCAAUCCCAGCCUGGCUUUUUUAAGGAGCAGAGUGAGGAGAAUAAUUUAAAUCUGAAACAAUGAAGUUGUAAAUGAAGUACCUAAAAAAGAAAUUAAUCAGAGACUAUCUCUGUUGCCCAAAAAGUAAAUAUAUUGAAACUAAAUAAGGAAAACACUGGCUUUUGUGCCCAUCCUCUUUAGGACUCAGACGUUCCUAUCUGCUUUUUAAUGCAGUUUUAAUUGUUGGAGUGCCACGCUCUAUCCCAGGGGUAUUUUGUCAUGCUUUCCCCAUGAAUAAACUUACUCUGUUUUUAAAUUAAAGAUUCCUAUCGAUCUUG